AUGUCAACAUCAGAUAUAAAGCCUGAUAUACUGAUAUCAUCACACGACGAAUCACCUUCAGCAGGCACACCGUUCUCUUUCUAUCAAGAUCAGGAAGAAGAAUUCGAGAUAGCCGAUAGGAAAGAUACCUCUUCAGUAUGGGCGUUAAAAAUACCUAGAUUCUUAUUGGAAAGAUGGGAGAUGGUUGAGGAAGCAGGAGUGGAACUCGGUAGCCUGGUAGUAGAUAACUCAACAACACCAGCACGUAUAACACUCAAGCUGACACAUCCCGACGACAAACCUUCUUCCCCAUCUGAAGCUUCUUCACAAGCAAAACGAAUACGAUAUGAUAUAUCUGUCAUACCAGAUGAAUACAACGUAAAUGUUCCCGAAGAAAGAGCUAAGAACCUUUAUGUCUUUACUGAAAAAAAGAAGGUAUAUGGUCCUUCAACUACUUCCGGAACAGCUGAAGGUGACGAUGUACCGAAAGUUGGUGGUAAGAGGAAAAGAGAUAAAGCACGUCCGAAAUUGCUAGCUAAGGUAGAUCAUGAAUGUCAUGUUACGCCUGUACAAACUCAAAAAUACUUGAAAAUACUGGAACAAAGAAGAUUAGAAAGUGAACAAUCGAAACGACCCGUGAUGCGAAUGGAUGACACAGGUAUCUCUCAAGCAGAACAGAACCAAUUGGCAAGUGGAUACAAAAAUUCUAUUUCUACCUUUGGUAGUCGAAUGAUUUCAUCCGGUAAACAAAAUACUGGAGAAAGACAUGCUCGAUUGGAACGGCACGAACUCACCGAUCGAAUCUUCUCCUUAUUCAAAGAAAAGCCUUAUUGGGGGAUUCCAGCUCUGAAGAUGACCCUGAAACAACCCGAUUCAUGGUUGAGGGAAGUGUUGAAAGAUGUCGCUGAACAGAUCAAAGAAGGUAGAUAUGUUAAUAUGUGGCAAUUGAAGAAAUCUUGGAGAGAUGGUGAAGGCGAAGGCGACACUGAAAUUGGUGCUGAAGGUGAAAGUGACGUGAAAGGUGAAGGAGACGAAGUUGGAGAAGGAUUCGAUCAAAAACCGAUUAUAAACGAGGAUGACUUGGAUGAAGACGAAGAUGAAGAUGAUGACUUUGAAGAAGUUUUAGCAUAA